GAUCAUUUGUUUGAAUUGACAUUUCCAUAUUCUGUUCACCAAGUUUUUGCCCACACACCUAAAAGUUCUAUUGCUUUAAAGAAAAGAAUUCAUUUUUAAGUAUAAAUUUCGUUGUCAAAAUCUUGCUACAGUGGAGGUUGGAGAACAAAAAAAUAAAAAAGGGAGUCAACGAGAAGGCAAGCUAUCAAUCUCAGCCCAACAACUGUUUCUUCUGUUUUAUUUGCAAAACCUUUUUCACAUUUUAUGUGUAGUACAAAGUUAAACUUUGUACUACUACUACUAUGGCAGUACCAGAAAAUUUGGCACUAAAGUUUUGAGGGUUUGUCUUUUGCAAUCGUCACAAAAUCUGAUUUUUUUGCGGCAAAAAGCUAACUUCAUUGGAGUGAGGUAAAAAUUAUGGGAAGUAAUAGUGAAUUAAGAGAGAUAGAAAGAGAAGAUUUCCAGGAACAAAACAAUGUGCAAGAAGAUAUAAUAAGAGUGCAACCAUGGCAAAAACAGAUUACUAUAAGAGGAGUAAUUGCAAGUACAAUAAUUGGAGUGAUUUACAGUGUAAUAGUGAUGAAACUGAAUCUUACAACUGGUCUUGUUCCUAAUCUUAAUGUGUCAGCUGCUCUUCUUGCAUUUGUGUUACUUCGAAGUUGGACUAGUUUACUUCAGAAAGUUGGGAUUUCGACCACUCCUUUUACUAGACAAGAGAACACCAUUGUUCAAACGUGUGCAGUUGCUUGUUACAGUAUUGCUGUUGGAGGAGGGUUUGGAUCAUAUCUGUUGGGUCUGAAUAAGAAGACAUAUGAGCAAGCCGGGGUCGAAACUAUGGGGAAUUCGCCUAAUAGCUACAAGGAGCCUGCAAUCGGUUGGAUGACUGGAUUUCUCUUCGUUAGCUGUUUCGUUGGGUUGGUGGCAUUGGUUCCUCUUAGAAAGAUCAUGAUAAUAGACUACAAGCUAAGUUAUCCAAGUGGAACUGCAACAGCAGUUCUUAUCAAUGGUUUCCACACCCCUAAAGGAGACAAGAUGGCCAAGAAGCAAGUUCAUGGCUUUCUGAAAUAUUUCUCCAUGAGUUUCCUGUGGGGCUUCUUCCAAUGGUUCUAUUCUGGUGGAGACCAAUGUGGCUUUUCUCAGUUUCCAACAUUUGGAUUAAAAGCAUGGGAAAACUCAUUUUAUUUUGAUUUCAGUAUGACCUAUAUUGGAGCUGGAAUGAUAUGUUCUCACCUCGUAAACUUGUCGUUGCUUUUUGGUGCUAUUCUUUCCUGGGGAGUAAUGUGGCCACUUAUCGGGAAUCUGAAAGGAAAAUGGUUCCCAUCGUCAUUGCCAGAAAGCAGCAUGAAGAGUCUAAAUGGAUACAAGGUUUUCAUUUCUAUUGCCCUAAUCCUAGGCGACGGGCUCUACAAUUUUCUCAAGAUACUACUCUUCACCAUUAGGAACAUCCAUGUUCGCUUGAAAGACAAAAACCUUGGCUCAUCUCCAGAUAACCAAAAGCAGGGACUUGAUGAUCUUAAAAGAAACGAGUUCUUCAUGAGAGAGAGAAUUCCCAUUUGGGUUGCAUUUGUCGGCUACACAUUCUUCUCCAUAAUCUCUAUCAUCGUGAUCCCUAAAAUGUUCCCAGAGUUGAAGUGGUACUAUGUUGUUGUUGCCUACAUACUAGCGCCUUCCCUCAGCUUUUGCAAUGCAUAUGGUGCUGGUUUAACAGAUAUGAACAUGGCCUACAAUUAUGGAAAAGUAGCUCUAUUCGUGCUCGCUGCAAUAGUGGGUAAAGACUCUGGUGUGGUUGCAGGGCUUGUAGGCUGUGGUCUAAUCAAGUCCAUCGUUUCCAUCUCUUCAGAUCUGAUGCAUGAUUUCAAGACCGGCCACCUCACCUUCACUUCUCCUAGGUCAAUGCUCCUUAGUCAGGCAAUCGGGACUGCAAUUGGGUGUGUGGUGGCCCCAUUCACAUUCUUCCUCUUUUACAAGGCAUUUGAUAUUGGUAACCCUGAAGGAGAAUACAAGGCCCCCUACGCCCUCAUCUACCGGAAUAUGGCCAUCCUCGGAGUACAGGGCUUUUCUGCUUUACCUCAGCAUUGCCUCCAACUAUGUUAUGCAUUUUUCGGGUUCGCAAUCUUCGCGAACUUGGUGAGGGACACAUCACCUAAAAAGAUAGGUAAGUGGAUCCCCCUUCCAAUGGCAAUGGCUGUGCCUUUCCUUGUUGGCGCUUACUUUGCCAUCGAUAUGUGCUUGGGGAGCUUGGUGGUGUUUGUAUGGCAUAGGUUAAACAGCCAGAAAGCGAGUUUGAUGAUUCCUGCAGUAGCUUCGGGACUGAUAUGUGGAGACGGGUUCUGGAUUCUUCCAUCAUCGAUACUUGCCUUGGCGAAGCUUAAGCCACCAAUCUGUAUGACCUUUAAUUCUUCAUAGACACCUUUUGCUUGCUAAUGGCAGAAACAGGACAGGAAUAAAUUGAUGAAAGGGAAAGCCAAAAGAGGUAAAUGCUAAUUGUAGCAAUAUGGAAGCACAAUUUUGGAAAAAUUUUGCACCAGUGAGAAUUACAAGUUAUUAAAGGAAACACAAGUAAGAAAUAGAAAAUAAGAAUACAUUCAACAGUGAUGUGAUAAAUAUUGAUCUAACCAUCUCAGUUGUGGCUACUGAUAUAGACCAUAUUCAGUCCUAGGUCUUUGUUACAUAUGUACAAGAUUCUAUCAAUUAAGCUAGUUGGUACGUCGUCGAUCAUUGUCUAGGUGGUGUAUAUAAAUAGAUGUAAUUUAUAAUGUUUAGAGGUUGUAGUCUAGCUGCUUCUUAGCCUUCCGUUGUUGUCUUUAGAUAAUAAUUUGAGCAUAUAUAUAUGUUCAACCAUCUAUGUAUAAAAUUUGCUAGUCAAAUGUAUACCCAUCAAUGGAAUUAAUUAGCAUUAAUCAUCUUCAACUAA